AUGCUUCUUCAGCGUAAUAUACGUCACGAUAUAACAGUCUCCAGAAUCAGCCGUGACCUCAGAAAAUUUAAAUGGCGCUUACCGUUCGCUCAUAGAAGGGUUGACCAUUUUUCGAAAUUCCGUGUGCUGUCCCCCCUGGACAGAAAAACAGCUGAAGAAAGAUCCAAAAGAUUUAAAGAUAGGUUUUUUAGUGUGUUUGGACUGCCAAAAAUCAUACACUCAGACAAUGGGAGAGAAUUUGUUAAUGGUGUCAUGGAACAUGUCGCUGCAUCCUGGCCAGGAAAAACAACAUUCGGUCAUGGUGCUCCUGGUCAUUCCCAGUCCCAAGGUUUAGUUGAGCAGGGAAACGCAACAAUCCAGACCAUGAUAAGUGCCAAAGAGAUGGAUACAAAGACUUCCUUCUGGUCUAAAUGGCUUCCUGAAAUACAGUUUAUGUCUAUUUGUUCACCUACGGUUGUUGUUAGCAGCAUUAAAAAGACACCGUUCAAAGUUGUUUUUGGACAGAAACCAAACGGUUUGGAUCAACUGGAUCUUGCAACACACUGGGUAGAAGAAGAUACUUCAGAACUUAUCGAAAUCGAUGAAACAGUCGAUUUUUCUGCAGAUCAACCUAAUCCACGUAGUGAAACACCAUUUGAAACAACAUUCCCUAAAAGAUCAACUGUACGGGAGAAAGUUGCUGCUGAGAUUGCUAGGAAUGCAACUAUGAUGACAAAAAAAAUAUUUUAA